AUGGAUAUCCAUCGGUCGCGCUUCGUGCCAUUCCCACCGUCCGCGAUCAAUGCGCUCGCAUUCUCUCACAGCGAACCAACCCUCGGAAACAAAGACCCUGAAGGCUUGAGGCUUGCAGUCGGACGGGCAAAUGGCAACAUCGAGAUAUGGAACCCAGCGGACGGCGCAUGGCAGCAGGAACGAGUGUUUUACGGAGGCAAAGACCGAAGCGUGGAAGGGCUGGUAUGGACGCAAGAGCCAGACAGUAAAGAUGGCAAGGGAAAAGUAACACAAGGAAGGCUGCGUCUCUUCAGCAUCGGCUAUUCCAACAGUGUCACGGAAUGGGACCUCGCCACGGGUCUGCCCAUCCGGCACUCCGACGGCAACAACAGCGAGGUGUGGUGUUUCGCGGCCCAGCCCAAGUUUUCAAAAUACGCCAAAGGACCCGAAGCAGAGGAUGAUACCCCCCAAAAAUUAGUCGCAGGCUGCGCAGACGGUACCUUGGUACUUCUCUCGACUGCAGAUAACGAUUUGAGAUUCGAGAAAUUCGUCGCUAGGUCAAUGGUCAAGAAAGCCCGAGUGCUGAGUGUCACGUUUAAAGACCGAAGAACUGUUAUCGCCGGCUUUGCCGACAGUACUAUACGGGUCUACGACACGAGGAACGGUUUCGUGAUCAGGAGCAUCUCGCUCGGUAACAGAGGUCCUGGAGGACCGCGCGAAACGCUUGUCUGGAAAGUGAGGACCUUGCCGAACGGGGGCUUCGUGUCCGGUGACUCCAAUGGCGACAUCUGCGUUUACGAUGGCAAGAACUACAGUCAGACACAACGUAUAUCGGCCCAUGAAGCAGACGUACUUGACCUUGCAGUAUCUCGCGAUGGGACCAAGAUCUUCAGUGGAGGUAUGGAUUGUCGGACGAGCUACUACACGUGCAACCCCCGUGGGAAAUGGCGCGAGGUCUCUCACCAAAGAUACCACGAACACGAUGUGAAGGCGAUGGCCGCAUAUGACGGCGCGGGUCUCAGCGUCACGGUAUCUGGAGGCAUUGACACUCAGCCUAUUGUCCUUCCCAUUCGAAACUAUGGCAAAGAACUUAGCCGCGGUCUUCCUGCUUUACCCCAUUCACCGCCCCUCAUUAGUGCUCCCGAUGCCCGCCUUAUGGUCAGCUGGUGGAACUGUGAGAUCCGCAUUUGGCGUGUCAAGGCUCAGGAUGACAGUGUAGAAAAGCCGAAAGUCGUCGCCCGCUUGGCCUUGCAAGGGGACGAGAACAUAUCCUCCGUGAGCACCACGCGGGAUGGCGGGCUUUUAGCAGUUGCGACGGCAAGAGAAGUCAAGCUUUUCCAAUUGCUUGAAACGAGCACAGAAUUGGGCUCAAUCCUCCGCAUAAAGAAGCUCGAACUACCUUCAACUCUAGGCGCAAAACUUGUGCGAUUCACCCCAGAUGGCAAGUGGCUCGCUAUCAUUGAUAUGGUGAACGAUGUAUACAUGAUUCGCAUCAUCCGAACCGAAGACGAGCGACCGCGAGCUCUGCACACACCUCUGCGUCUACACCGGAUAGAUCGAGGUGAAGGCGCAUCGGAUCCUCUCAGCAGCCCUACUGGCUUGUACAACAGGUCCAUAGCACACGCCGAAUUCUCUCCCGAUGGGUCCGUCUUUGCUGUGGCUGAUCUAGCGGGCUACAUAGACACGUGGGUCAGAGAAGGACACGAGGAUGUCACCGCGCCCGAAGUCGAUGUAAACGAGACUGAUGCUGCGCCUGCCGACGACGAAGAUGAAUCUGAGGAUGAAGAAGGUCCGCAAAAGCGAAUCACAUUCCUCGGACAGCGGUGGAUACGCAACCCAUCGGCGCAUCUGCUCCCACGUCUUGGGUCCGCACCUGCUUUGCUGUCUUUUGAACCUACAUCAGGCAGCGCUUCCCGCCCAGAGCCACGAGGCAACCCCGCGGUCCACCCAACUCGAGGUAACCCACACCCGCAUUCGCAUGAGAUACCGGACACAGAGCAUCGCCUACUUCUAGUGUCUGCUGACCAACGACUGUACCUCUUCGAAGUUUUAGCCGGUCGCUUGUCAGAGUGGAGCAGGCGGAAUCCGCCUUCCAGCUAUCCAUCACAGUAUCGGAUCCUGAAGUCUCCAACCAAAGGGUGUAUCUGGGAUGUCAACAACCAACAACGCCUAUGGCUUUAUGGUGAGGGAUGGGUGUUCAUGUUCGAUUUGAACAGAGAUCUCCCUAUCCCGGAAACGAUCGAGACACAAGAUUCCACGAUCGGGGAAGAACCGGAUAGCAAGGCAUCUAGGAAGCGCAAAAGGGAAGGCGCUAGGAAAGGUGUUAGUGGUGCGGGUGACGCGGUGCCCGAGGAGGAUGCGCCCGUAACGAAGAUGCGGCGAUUUGACAGCGCAGAGGAUGACGAGUCGAAAUCGCCAGCCGAGAUCGGCUUACACGAUACCGAAAUGGGUGAAUCAGACCACGAAGCCGACGACGAGCAAGGAGCUCUGAUCAGUCUUCGAAGAUCAAAAGAUGGAGUUGACGAAACAGAUGGAGCGAGUGAUGAUGUGGCAGAGGACACAGAUGGGGCAAUUGAACCACAAAGACGGUCACCCGAGCCCUGGUGGAACACGUUCCAAUACCGGCCUAUACUAGGAAUGGUGCCUGUAGGGAAAGACGACCAACCACUCGAAGUAGUCCUUGUGGAGAGGCCUUCAUGGGAGUUGGACCUCCCCCCACGGUUCGUAGGAGCUCACGAAUAG